UCAAAUCAGAGAUCUGAUCCAACAGCCAAAUAUUAAUAUGUGGGUCCCACUGUGUUAAAGGACUUAAUUGACUCUUUUUAAGUGCUACAUGGAUUCAUAUAUCGUGUAGAAUUUGAUACUCUCUCUGAGUUGGAAUUCAAUCAGGAUUCAGAAGCAAAAGACUAGAUAAAUUUGAUAUGUUUGAGUUAGAUUUGAAUUUAUUUAUGAAAUUCAUUCAUCUGAAUUCUUCUCUGUUAUGGUAAAACAGUGUUAAGAGUGAAGGAGUAGUAGCUCAGGCUAUUUAGGGUUUCAUUCUUUGAGUGGUAUUUUGAUUUCUGAGUGAAAUUUCUGAAGUUAUGGAGCUUUAUGCGAAAUGGGUUCGAAGGAAUAAAGAUUAUGUUCAUUCUAUGGAGUCACUCGCCAAUGGAUUGACAUGGCUACUACCAGAGCGUUUCUCUGAGACAGAGAUAGGACCAGAAGCAGUUACUGCUUUUUUGGGUAUAAUCACUUCUAUAAAUGAACAUAUUAUCGAUUCGGAUCCAUUGCAACGGCGAAUGGGCUCUAGGGAAGAGUCGUCAUCAUCAUCGUUUCCUUGGUCACUUGGAAUAUCAGUUCUCAAGGACUUGGAAACAUUGGUGGAAGUCAUGGCUCAGCAUUUCUAUGGAGAUGAUAAGAAAUGGAAUUUCCUAGCUGUCACUGAGGGUACCAAAUUUUUAGUUAGGUUAGCUUUGUUUGGGGAUAGUGGGUAUAAAAUGGUACUAAAUGGAGGGGAGAUAGCUAAUGUUGAUAAGAGACCUGAGGCGUCGAAUUCUGGACCCAUAUUGGGGAAUUCUCUGAGACGAGAUCGUUUUGGGCGUGACCCACGAAGUCUUGAAGGAAGGGCAUUGUCAGCGUUGAGCAUGUUUGGAGAAGACGCUAGAAUGAUUUCUGAACCUAAGUGGUUAAACAGAUUUCAGAACCACCAUGAUUCUACCAUGGAACCGCCACCUCCUGUUCCCAAGAAACCUACACUUUCGAGAAUAUGGUCUGAGAAGGGAGUUCCUGGGGUUUUGUUUCUCACUGCUGAGGUGUUGCAUAUGAGUAGACCACUAAUUUAUGUUUUGCUUAUGAGGAAGUAUGGAGUUCGGUCAUGGUUACCUUGGUUUCUUGCUCUCUCCGUGGACCUGACUGGAAUGAGCAUACUUUCUCACGUUAGACAUUCUGGACACAGUAGAUAUGGAGGAAGUUCUUCUCUUUCAGCAUCUGAAGAAGAUGAGGUAAAAAGGCGAAAGAUGUUGUUGGCAUUUUACCUCAUGAGAGAUCCGUUUUUUAGCCGGUAUACUCGGAAAAGACUUGACACAGUUGAGAGAGUCACGGACCCUAUCCCAAUAAUUGGGUUUCUUACAGCUAAAAUUAUUGAGCUUGUUAUCGGAGCUCAAACUCGGUAUACUUAUAUGUCUGGAUCAUGAUGAAGACAUCCCGCGCGGCAUCUUAGCAUUACAUUAUAAGCUAGCGUGUUUUCACCCGUUAGAUUUUGAGAUUACACCAUCUCUGCUGUAAAACUUUUAGUAGUUGAAAAAGAGAAUCCUCAUCAAAACUAUAUCUGAAUUUGUUGUCAUGAUUGUCAACUUGGGGAAAAUGUUUUAAACACUUUCAAGUCUACUAAUGAGAAUUUGUUGUCUACCUUAAUGUGAUCAAA